AAGUGGCGCACUGUGCGCCGGACAUGGCCUUUCUUUUGGACCCGCAGUCCGAAGAGUACUUGGAGAAAUAUGGGUUUUGGGUGUGUUGGCUUGCGGAGCAGUUGACUCAGUUAUUGCGCGGAUUAUGUUCUACGUCGAUGAGGACUCGAAGGGAUGCCUCUCUAUGAGAGACCUAAGAAGGAGCUCUCUGGUGCAUAUCUGGUGCAGCCUCAACCCCUCGACCGAGCUUAGCGCAGUGCGCAAAUUUUUCAGCUAUGACCAUUUUUACGUUUUGUACUGUACCUUCCACGAAUUAGAUGAAGAUGAUGAUUUUCUUUUGCAUCGCAGCGACCUCUGCAAAUAUCAAGGCCACAGCAUUAGUGCCUUAGUGGAGGCCAGACUUUUCUCCCAAGCUGCUCAUUCUUUCACUUGCCAAAAGCCCCACCACAUCAACUUCGACGACUGGAUCUGGUUUGUUUUGGCGUACCACGAAGUGACGCUGCCGAAGGCUCUGCGCUUUUGGUUCGACGUGUUUGACUUGGACGGCGACGGGCUGCUGAGAGAUCACGAACUUGAAGCUGCUUUUGAGUCCCAAGCGGAGCGGCUUCGGGCCCGAGACGGAAGGGCCCAGAGUUACAAGGAGUUCAUCUGCCAGCUCGGCGAGUGUGGGGUGUGUGGGGAGUUGUGGGUGUGCAGCAGCGACGCGCUGGGGCUGCCGACAGCAGCAGCAGCAGCAGGAAUUAGCGUUUCGGAUUUGCUGCAGUCUCCUGCUGCUGCUGCAGUGCUAAUAAACUGUCUCCUCAAGGCCCACGUUUUGAAGGCCUUCGAAGACGGCGAGGCCCUCCACACUCUCGCGGAGCCCCCGGCCCUCGAGAGGGCCCUUUUCGCUGGAUUCACCCCUUUUGAAGUGUACGCACACAGCGAGUACGCGGCCUUUACGGCGCAGCGCUACGAGGAGGCGGCGGCCGAGGGCCCCACGGGCGGAACUUCGCCGGAGGGAAAUCUUUCGGAUUAG